AUGGGUGUCGCCAAAAAGACGAGAAAAUUCGGCCAGGCCAAGCGCCUAAUUGGCCGCCGCCACGCUCUUGCUGCCAAACCGACCGAAACAGAAUCGAAGUCGACGACCAAGAAGAACGAUGCCGAUCUCACCUGGGACCCCCCAUACCACAUCAUUCUCGACACCAACUUUUUCGCGCACACGGUCCGCCACAAGAUCGACGUCGUCAUGGGCCUGAUGGACCUCCUCCUCGCCAAGUGCACACCCGUCGUAACGGAAUGCACGAUCGCCGAGCUUGAGAAGCUGGGACCGAAGUUCCGCCUGGCGCUACGCCUCGCGAAGGACGAGCGGUUCGAGCGAUUGAGGUGCUCGCAUUCUGGCACGUACGCCGACGACUGCAUUGUCACCACCGUCACGAAGAACCGCUGCUACCUGGUCGGAACGAACGAUAGGGCGCUGAGACAAAAGCUGAGGAAGGUUCCAGGUGUGCCUUUGAUUGCGGUUGGAAAGGGAAAAUACUCUGUCGAGAGGCUGCCUGAAAUUGCUGUCUGA